AUGGACAAACAGUUGGCCAAUCCCAUCCCCGAAAACCAGCUGCUCAAUGAAGUGAGAGAAAUAUACGAUGAGUUAGUUAUUGCAGAAAGAGAAUGCAUUAAUGUGGUGGAUAUCGUCUCACAAAUAGACCAAACCGCGGGACUAUCGGAUGAACAAUGGAGCUUGUGCACCUCGUUGCACCAAACACUCCUCCACAAGCAUUUUGACUUUUUCAUUGUUUCGCAGCAUCCGGCAGCCAGCCCAAUCUUGAGAAGCCUGGCUCAAAGAUACGAGAUGCCUGGACGCAUGUGGCGCUACGGAAUCUACUCCUAUCUGGAGCUGUUUCGCACAAGGCUCCCCAGCCCCAGUGUGCAGGACCAUAUGCUAGGCUUCAUAUAUUUCUCGUAUUCGAUGGUGACGCUUCUUCUAGAGCAGGUCUCCACAUUUGAAGAAAUCUGGACAGAAUGCUUGGGGGACCUAGCACGCUAUCGUGCUGCAGUGGAGAAUUCCGAUGAGACAGUCCGCCAUCACUGGCACUAUCUUGCCGUUAUCUCUCGUCCGGAUACUUUGCAGAUGUUCUUUUACUUCUCGGAAGCAUUACUCAGUGUGGACCGAUUUCCAAAAGCGCGGGAAAGCAUGAUUCAGCUGUUCAACGAUAUUCUAAUCGCACCGGCUGAGGAACACACAUUGAUUAGUUCUUUUGCGGCUGCCCAUGGUGUUAUUUUCAAGCGUAUGCCAUAUGACCAGUUUGUCAUUCGGUUCCAUUUCUUCCUUUUAAAAAAUCAUCACAGCCGAUCGCCUAGUCUCCCGGAGGCACGAGAAAGCACGUUAAUCAUGUGCUGCAAUAUUGCAGCGAUCUUGGACUAUGGAGAAGGGAACGGGGAGUUUGCAACGGACUUUGCUCACAACGCAAGUACUUCUACUGCAGACGCCUAUAUCAUUGCAAAGUACUGGGCAUCUGCAACAGCACAUAUUGAAUCAAACAGGCAUGUCUAUACUGUACAGUACCUGGAACUCUGCACACUGUACUUCAGUAUAUUUUACUGA